UGAAGUGACAUUGCUGUUUUUUUUGUUAUAUUUGCUGUCAUAGGCUAUUUUUGUAAAUAUUGUUCUCUACAGCAGAAAGCAGGGAAUUCUUUAUGAAUUUCCAAAAGUUUGCAACUUUGCCGCUGCGUACGGCGCAGCGACACACGAAUCUAGUGCGACAAGACAAUGCGUUCGAAUUACUUCAAUCGGAAGCUGAGAAAAUCAGGAGGCAUCAAGUUAAAAUGGAGAUUCGUUUGAAAGAAAAGGAUAAAGAAAUUGAGUCUUCGAGGCAGACAAUUGACUCUCUUCGGAAGUCUAUGCUGGAAACGAAAGUCGAAAAAGAAAAGAUCUUGAACGAAUUACAAGAUGAGAUCAAGACACGCAGUGUCUGCUUCAAAAAAUUAGAAACAACCAGACAGAUGUGUGUUGCGCUGAAGGACGAACUCGAACGACUGGAAGACACUUUGCGUAUGUGCGUAGAAGCAUCCAAUCAACUACGCGAGGAAAAUGAAAAGAAAAAAAUCAAACUCCAGAAACUCAAUGAUGAUAUGAUAGCGUUGGCGACAGAAAUACGUGAAAAAACAGAGAUAUGGGAGACAGCACAUUCUGAGCUUACGGAGACUACAAAAAAACAAGUGGCUGAUGCUGUUGCUGAAAAAGAAGCAGCAGAGUCAGAGCUGCAGAAUGCGAACGCUGAGAUUCAGAUGAAAAAUUCGGAAAUUAUAUCAUUGGUCGAUCAUUUAAGACAGUCCAAGGAGAGAACUGUGGAAUUGGAAAGCGCCAGACACGCUCUUCAACUAACUGUAGCUCAGAUGCUGGAGGCCAUAAGCGAAUUGAAACGAGAUUUGGACGAUAAUGUGAGGGCGAGCGAAACUACGAUUGAAAAUUUACGAACCCAAUUGAACGAAACGUCUGAUAUUGCCGAAGAAAGAAGUCAAAUCAUCCGAGAUAUGAACGAGGAAUAUGCCGCUGCGAAACAAAACUGGCAAACGCAAGAAGAGGGAUAUCAGGACGCGAUUAAAAAUGGAGAACUGGAAAUAGAAAAUCUUAAUUCCAAGUGCGAAGACCUAGAACUAGAGAAAAUGAAAUCGGAUAAGAAAAUCGAAGAUGAAAUAAUGUUGAAUGAAGAGUGGAAAUCUAAAGUUGAAGAUUUGGAGUCGAACAUAAGUCAAAGUUCUGAAGAAAAGGAUGCUCUUCUACUAAAACAGAGUGGACUAGAAGAAGUGAUAAGACAGAAAGACGAAUGCUGUUCAAACCUAGAGAAUGUCAAGAACGGAUUACAGACACAACUGCAUAAUAAAGAAAAAAAGAUCGACGAGUUGGUCGAAGAAAAAAAUAAACUAUUGGAAAAUAUCAAUAAACUAAAUAAGGACUAUGAGGAACAAAUCGAACAGCACAAGGCUGAUAUCGUAGCGAAGGAGACCGAAAAUGAAAACCUGAAACUCGACGUGAAGAAUUUGCGGGAAGAGAAUCUCAAUAUGAACGAGAAUGUGAAUAGACUCAAAAAAGAAUUGUCCGAGACAAAUGCCGGAGCAACCGUUGAAGCCAGAAAACUUCAAGAAAUGAACGAAAAAUAUCAACAUAUAGAGAAAACUAAGCAAAUACUCGAAGAGAAUCUCAAACAAGAAAAAGAGAAGUUAAAACAAAACACUCAAAAAGUCAAAGAAGCUGAUCAAAAGGUGAAGAAUAUAACUGAGGAAAAUGAAAAGUUGAAAUCAGAGAUCGAAGAGUAUGGCCAGAAGGUCGAAGAAAAGAAUAAUGAAAAUAGUAACUUAAUGACAGAAGUAGAACAAUUAAAAGAUGUAUCAAGCAAAGCCGACCAGGCCCUGAGACAAUCGAAAAGGGAUGUCAACGUUUUCUGUAUGCAAUUGAAAGAAACUGAGAAAUCCUUGAAUGAGGUGGGAGAGAAAUUGAUGAAACGAGAGGACGAGGUUCUUGAGAAAAACAAAAAAAUUAAAAAUCUCGAAUUUGAUUUGAAGGACAAAGAGUGCGAGAUAGUUCUUCUCCAGGAACAAAACAUCAAGUUGGAGGAAGCAAAAUUAUUGCAGGAACAGUGUUCGUUCAGUCCUGAAACAUUUCAAAGACGACCGAGACAUCGUACACAACCAGAGCCAAAACGAAUAAAGGAAGAGCCGAUUGAUAAUGUCCCGAAGAGGAAGUCAGCCACAAGAACUCCCAAGGUACAGAAUAUUCUGUUCAGCGACACAGCUGAUGAGCUUCUAAGCGAGGUAUCAUUCGGAUCACAGACAGAGAAAGUAUUAACUUUUGAUCGUCGCAAACCUACACAAAAAUCAUCAACACCCAAGGCAGUUGUAGGCCAACACAUCAAUAGAAGGGCACAGAGUGCUACAAGGAGAAGUGGUUCAAAGAGGGCAAAACAUAUAAAGAAAGAAACCAAAACUGAAAAAAACAAUGACUGGUGGGAGAAUGACAGUGUUUAUGGUUUCAAGGAAUAGAGUCAGACCCAUUGAAUGACUUGGAAGUUCGAAUUAUCUUCAUCGGUCGAUAA